AUGGAUCAUAAAAACCAGGAGAUGCUCAGUGAUAGUUCAUCUGAUACUCCAGAAGGAGAGUAUUCAGUAGAGGCCAUUAAAGAUCAUCGAAUUAGAAAGAAUAAGGCUGAAUUUUACAUCAAAUGGAAAGGAUAUCCAGAUGAUCAAUCAACAUGGGAGCCUUUAUCGAAUCUUGAAGGUGCCCAAGAACUCCUUUUCGAGUACUGCAAUUCAAAGAACUUACUUGACUUGCUUUCAAAGCCAGAAAAACAUGAACACAAAAAAACUCCAAAAGCUAAAAAAGAAAAGAAAGAAAAACCAAAAACACCUGUAAAAGAAGUGAAAAAAGAAACACCAGAAGUACAAGAAGUAACUAUACCAGCUGAAACUAAACCAGAAGUUCAAACUCCAGUUCAAACAAAACCAAAAACUACAAUUAAACCAGUUUACGCUGACCCACUUGACCAAGAGCUUCUGAAUUAUGAAGAUGAGGAUGUUAUCGAAGUAUCCCCUGCUAGAAAACCUGCUACACAACCAAAACCUCAAGAACAUAAAAAAGAACAAAAAUCUGAAGACACUGAUAGCUAUAAAAUCAAGAUAUUAGCAGUCAGAAAAGAUGAUAAGGGAAAUCUUACAUUUGCUGUUCAAAAACAUGACCAAAUUAUGUUAUUAACAAAUGAAAAGAUGAAAAAGAAAUACAUCAGAUCAUUAUUAAGAUUUUACGAAUCUAAUAUCGAAUUUGGAGAAGAAUACGAACUCUAA